AGUCCAGUCUUUUUUAUUCUCUUACCAAAUCCGUCGAUCUAUUCUCUUACAAGAAGAAAACGUUCCCGUCCAAAUCACCACCACCCACCAAACCCUAGGGCGCCUCUGGACUGGGCUGUUGAAGUCUCUUCGCUUCCUUUCUCCAAUUUCAUCAACUUUUCUUGCAGGAAGAUUGGAUUUUGGGGAUUCCGGACUGAUUAAUCUGGCUUCCAGAUGAAGUUUUUUGGUGUUUUUGGUGGGUAAUCUGUCAAUAAUGGCUCCGUAUCUUCUGGUUUUGGUGAUUUUGGUACAAUUACAAUGGAAUUUGUUAGCUGGGUCGUCUGCGACCUAUUUGAUGGAUUGUGGGACUGAUCGUGUCGGCUAUUUGAAGUCGACGGAUCAGUUUGAAGUCUAUAUCGGUCAGAAGAAGGCGGAAGAUGUCGGUUUGAUCUGUGAAGAGUUAGAGUUGUGUUUUAGAAAUGGAUGUUCUAUCUGUGACUCGAAUGAAGAGGCGUGGGCGAGAAUUGGCAGGGAGUACUGCAAUCGGGACUUUUCGGUCUCUGCCCGUCUGGAGAGCGAUAUAGUUUCUGUGAACCUACUUAGAUUGAAAGGGAGAAAGUUUUUGCUUCAACCGUUAGUAAAUGGUACCAUCACUGAUAAGCUAAGCAAAAUGAGUCAGACACAGGAGAAACAGCAGCAUCGUGAUUUUGAUUUGGCGCCAGAUCAUCUUAUGCUAGCUGUACCAGGAAUGUUCCUUCUAUGUUGGGCUAUACUUUGUCCUUGCUUUCAUUCAAAAAGAAAAGAUGUGAGUGAGCAUCCUGUUUUAGCCAGAGAGAUGCAUUCAAUGGAUUCAGUUUCCUCUUUUGAAAGCUCAACCCCUGAAAGAACACCAAGAAAUUCACUAAGAACACCUCCUAGUCCAUCUCGAUUUUCGCUAUCUUCUCAACCAAGUAUCAUUGGACCAUUACAUCUCAGCAUCGAUCAGAUUGCCAGACUUACUCAGAACUUUUCAUCUUCACUAAAAAUAGGUGAAGGUGGUUUUGGAACUGUCUACAAGGCUGAGCUGCCAGAUGGUCAGGUUGUUGCUAUUAAGCGAGCAAAGAAGGAACGUUUUGCUGACCUACGAGCUGAAUUUAGAAGUGAAGUUGCACUUCUCACCAAAAUUGAACAUAGGAAUUUGGUCAAGUUACUUGGCUACACUGAUAAUGGAAAUGAACGUAUUAUCAUUACUGAGUAUGUUUCAAAUGGUACUCUCCGGGAACAUCUUGAUGGUAAGGGUGGGAGGAUUUUGGACUUCAGUCAACGGCUAGAAAUAGCCAUUGAUGUUGCUCAUGGUUUGACAUACCUCCAUCUAUAUGCAGAGAAACCUAUAAUUCACCGAGAUGUCAAGUCAUCAAACAUUCUGCUGACAGAAAGCUACAGAGCAAAGGUGGCUGACUUCGGAUUUGCAAGAACUGGUCCAAUGGAAGCAGAUCAGACUCAUAUUGAGACCAAAGUGAAGGGCACAGCUGGAUAUGUGGACCCAGAAUACCUUAGGACAUAUCGCCUCACACCCAAGAGUGAUGUUUACUCCUUUGGCAUACUGCUUUUGGAAAUCCUAUCCGUACGUCGUCCGGUAGAAGUGAAGAGAAAGGCUGAUGAAAGGAUAACUGUUAGAUGGGCCUUCAACAAAUAUAACGAAGGCAAUGUGCGAGGCAUAUUGGAUCCUCUGUUAAAGGAAGUGGUAGAUGAGGAGGUACUAAAGAGGAUUUUCGGUUUGGCCUUUCAGUGUGCUGCUCCUACCCGAACUGAUCGGCCUGCAAUGAAGGAAGUUGUAGAACAGCUGUGGGAGAUAAGGAAAGAUUAUGCUAGGAGUCGUAGGAGAGCAUGAAAAGCAGCUAUGCUUCUCUGUAAGUUUAAAGGCAAAAUUAUUGAUCUGACCGAUAGGGGAUCAGCUAUUUGUAUCAGAUUGUUGUCGUUUCUAGUAUACGAUGUUUUGGGCAUUCAGAUGCCUUGUCAAGUUCUUACAUUUUCAUAGAGAGCAUAACCUUAUUUGGAGAGUGGACAGGUUUGUCAGCUGUUGAUAGAAGGACUUUAUUUUUGUACUGGAAAGUUUGAUGAUAUAGUUUUAAACCUGGAAGCUUUGAUAAUUCUUACUUCCAACUAAAA